AUGUCGUCGUCGCCGACACCGUUCGCGGUGUCGCCUUCGCCGUCAGCUGAAAUCAGGUCACAAGCCAUCGCAAAACUGAAACGCGCUGCCUCCCUUCCGCGAAACCCGGACGGCCGACGCGCACUUCAGCUACAGACACCCCCGCGACCUUCUCCCGCCCAUGUCGUCCAACCCGGCCUUGGUCCCGACGACAGCUUCAACGGAAGCUCGACCGGACACAGCGUCGCCGCGACACCGACCUCUAUCCGCUUCGAGGACUACAGCGAAUCUGAGGAGCUCCUCGAUCAGGCAGAUCCAUUCGACGCUUACGCUUACGGCAAUGGCACAAUGAUGCAAAGGUCGGCGUCCGACUCUUCUGGCUUUAUUCCGCAAGUCACUUAUUCGACGACUAGCACCCCCUUCUACAGCGCCCAACCCUCUCCAGUCAGUGGCCCUGGGCCCGACUGGGCCGCGUACCAGCUAGCCCAGUCAUAUCUCCCAUCCAUCAGCCCUAUCCCGACUAGCACCCCGCCCAGCGCCUUUCCGGGCAAUUUGACCGCUUCGGGUGCAGGACGGAAUACUCCCAGUCCUCUUCCGACCCUAGGAGAGCUUCGAAACCUGUCUCGAUCAAACUCGGCGGCAGCGAGAGCCAACGCUAUGAAUAAAUUGACCGGUGGGACGUACACGCCGACACCGUCGCGCAGUCUCGCCUCAUCCACGCCAGUUUCGUCAGAAGAGGACGUGACUCUCGGUCUCCCGGGCGCGCGGCCCUCGCUUCAUCGAGCUGGCACCAUUGGCAUCCCUCGCAUGUUCGGACUUGCGGUGGACGAGCCAGUCGACGAUGAUGUGGUCACACCGCCAUCGGCUGAAGCCCCCAUCCCUGACACGGCGUUCGAUGUCCCUCGACCCCGGCUCCAGCGUAGUUUUACCGUGUCGUCUUCCAACAUGGGCGAAGAGCGACGUAGCGCGGUUGGACGACGAAUGGUAGAGCGCCUCGCCGAGCGACGUGCCGCCCGCCAGAAGGAGGAGCAAGAGGUUCGUGUACUGUGGGAGGAGCGCCGCCGCACCAAGCAGCUCAGCAUGAUGAGCGGCUCUCGUGACUCGGGUGCUUCCACCAACACGAAUGCAACGGAGCAGCAACGGACACCGCUCUACUCGCCGCAGGCUGUGACGGCCAACUCUAUCUCACCGCUCGCCAGCAUCGCUUUACUGGGACGGGGUCCGGCGCCCACCGCCGCGGACAGAAACUCUGAGCCCUCUGAAGAAGGUGCAUUUGAGUUCGAGUCGCACCUUAAUCGCAGCGUAUCCACUCGUACCGCCAGAUCCGCGAGGGGUGAGGUCAUCGAGCCCAAGGUCCCAAGCCCACUAUCAGAGAACGGAGACGUGUACGACGAUGGUAACAGGGAUACCAAAGACUACUCUGAGCAGUCUCACUCGUACCACGAGGACCACGAAAUCCUUGAGACGCCGCAAGACCUUCCGAGUAGGCCGUUUGCGGGGGCCACGCGACACGCGACCCAAGCCUCGACAUCGUCUCAAGGGACUGUUGUGCCUCCUGUACCUCCUAAAGGCGACGUUUUUGGUGGCGGCGAGCACUUGGGACGUCUGAACGGGUCGACACCACCUGAACCACGACAAGCUCCGCGUGUGCCUGAGAACGGUGGGUUCGACAAGAAUGUGUUGGGUGCGAGCGUCCGAAGCGACACCGGCCAUGGCGGUUACUUUGAUGACGCGUCUAGCAACGGACAUUCUAGCGCUCGCGCAAUCUCCCCUAUGUCUCCCCGCGAACCAGCUCACUCGCACGGCGACCACCGACAGCACAAGCAGACCCCGAGCAUGUCUAAGCAGAUUGGGCGGAAUAUGCUUGCUGUACUGCGCAAGAGGAGCGGCAGCCGGACGUCCAACAACCAUGAUGGCCCAGUGAGCCCGGGUAUCAGUCGCCAGGUCUCAGAUGAGUCUGUGCAGAACAACCCCAAUGAUCGCGCCCGCCAUCAAGGUACCAACGGAACCGCUACGCCCUCGACGUCAGACCACCUUGCGUCGUCUACUGCGAGCAGCGUGCAGCAUCACAGCAACCACUCUGGGGCGGCGUCCCCGAGUUUCCUCCCGCGGGCGGCCCCCAACGACCCUCGAGUCCACAACUCGAAACUGUCACCCUUCCCUGGUAUCCAGGCUCUGGAGCAGCAGAAAAACCGCUCUGCUAGCGAGCCCGUGCGGGAGCGGAGCCAAGCGACGCCGGCUGGCCGCACGUCAAACGACGAUGGUACCUCGAGUUCGCACGGUCAUGGAAGCAGCUCGCACGGCCACGGCCAGACCAUGCACACGCGGGGCGUCAGCGACGACCGCUCAGCUGAUCAUCACUCGACCUCAAACCACCAGACGUACUCGCAAUCUGGGCACUCCCACACGCCCUCGGCGACGUAUUCGCAGAACACGCAUAACUCGCAGUCUACCCACGGCACUAACGGUAGCGCCGAUUUGGCUCCGAAUCUAAUGCGCAGCUCUUCACGGUCGCGUCCUGAAAUACCAGCGUUCAUGACGAACCGUCGUCGUGCUCCCCCUCCUCCCAUUGAGCUCGGUACCUCAAACGUUGAUUCGAUCGACGACGAUUCCGAUCAGACGACGAUGCCUCUGUCCAUCAAGUCUCAGGCUGUCAUCAGCCGCAUGAAUGCGCUGAUGGCCCUGCCGCCCGAUGACCCCGCGCGCCCCGAUUUCCUCGACGACCCGCCCCGCAAGCUUCUCCUCGCGCAGCAGGUCCUGCAAGUUGUCAACUCGCAGACGGUCAAGGAUCGCUACUUGUUCCUGUUCAACGACAUUCUCGUCAUUGCGAAGCCGUUGAUCACUCAGGGUGCGAUGGCCACGCUCGACAUGCAGUUCAUGGUCAAAUCGAUCGUCAGCCUGAGCAGCGUUGUGGUUUCAGGCAUCACGGACGAGCCGACGCAGGAACAGCCGCGCCACCCGGUCGUGCGCAAGUUUAUCACCAGCUUUGCCGACGACCCGCAGUCGGCUGUCCACAACCUGAUGGAGCGCAGCCAGCCCAAGAUCGACACGGUCACCCUCGGCAGCCUGCUCUUCCGCACGUACGAGCUCGACAAGGGGCAGUUGGGCCUGCUACUCGCCAACGACCAGCCGCUGCUCAGCACGUUCCUCGACCGGUUCCACUUUGAGCACAUGGAUAUCGACAACGCUUUGCGUGUGUUCAUCCUUGCGGUCCGUCUCCCCUCGGAUGUCCAGACGGCCGAGGCGCUGCUCCGUGGAUUCGCUAUCGGCUAUCACCGCGCCAACGAGGGCUUGCUUCCCUACGACCUCGCCGUCGCGCAGGAACUGGUUGUUGCGAUCGUGUCGCUCAACGAUAUGCUGUACUCGACGUUCGGCUUUGCAUUCCCGAACCACGCCGUGUCGCGUGACCGCUUCAUCCACAGCUUCCGCAACCGCGACCUGCACCACCAGGUGCCGGACGAGACGCUGGAGAACCUCUACUACUCGAUUCGGAAUAACCGCCUCGUGCAAGCGCUCGGCCCGCAGGACGCGCACCGCGUGCGGGACAUUCAGCUCGAGCCGUCGCGCCCGCCGAGCAAGCUGACGUUCAACGACUGGUCCGACCCGAUUACCGUGUCGAUCCCGAAGCCAGACUCGGCGUUUGGUAUCCGCCUCCUAGGCUCUGGGCUCGAGUUUGACCCGCCCUUCCUUGACUUCUCCAACACUGCCGAGUGCACCUUCCGUGUGCGGGGUACGUCCCUUGGCCCGAAAUCAAUGCUGUUCGGCCGCGUCGGCUCGAACGCGGAGCGCUACCCGGGACUCGGCAACAGCCGUGCGUUCCACGUCGAGCGCGCGUUCAUGAAGCACACGUUCCAGGUGGCGUUCAUGUCGACCUCGGGCGCGAAGCGAAAGUACUGCUUCUCCGUGCCCGAUGCGGCGGCACGACAGCGCUGGGGCUCGCUCCUGAGCCGGCAAAUUUGGCUCACGACGGAAACGAAGAUCGGCGCCGGUGCGCCUCCGACGCCAGCGUUCAAGGUACGCCGCGCCGCCGAGGCCGUCGGGCUGCAGGUGCUCCGCGACGCGCUGAUCCCGAAGGACGGCGAGGACGCCGCGCGCUCAUCGCACGGCCACACGCCGCGCAAGGCGAGCAUCUCGGCCGCGUACUCCGAGGGCGAAAAGGACACGGUCAGCGGCAUGGCUGGGCUGCAAACGGGCAAGGAGCUGGUCCUGCUCGCGCGGCAGAACAGUCUCCUGCCUGGUGUCCUGGAGCUGCUCCAGAGCGGCCAGGAACGCAGCAGGUAUCAGCAGCCGGCGCUGAAUGGCGGCUCGGUGUCGAGCGGAUCGCUCCGGAGUCAUGACCUGAAGGCGAUGAUGGAUGCGAGGCGUCUCUGA